ACGUGUCCUCCGGUGGGCCAACCGCUGCCGCAACCGACACCGCCAGAUCGAACCAGAAGCCGGGACGCCGCGGCGCCUGCGGCGGCGGGGCCCACCACGGAGGAGCCUGUCGGUGGACGCGGCGUUCUUUGAGAAUCUAGGGUUUGGGUCUGGCGGUGGCUGGUGGGGGCACGGCACAGAGGAGUGGGUCGAUGGAUGAAGGGGAUUCGUCGACGGCGACGUCGUCGGAUUACGCGAAGAAGGCGAUGGCGGCGGAGAAGCUGGCGGAGCUCUCGUUGAUUGAUCCUAAGAGAGCUAAAAGAAUUCUUGCAAAUAGGCAAUCUGCAGCUCGAUCAAAGGAGAGAAAGAUUCGGUAUACCAGCGAACUUGAACGAAAGGUGCAGACUUUGCAGACAGAGGCUACCACUCUCUCGGCACAGCUAACUCUCUUGCAGAGGGACACUACCGGUUUGACUAAUGAGAAUAGGGAACUGAAAUUGCGGCUGCAAGCUAUGGAGCAACAGGCUCAUCUUCGUGAUGCUCUCAAUGAUGCACUGCGAGAAGAAGUUCAACGCCUUAAAAUAGCAACAGGACAGAUUCCUAACAUCAAUGGAAAUGCCUUUAACCGAGGAGGUCUUCAACAUUCCCAGUUCUUCUCUCGGCCUCAGCAGCUGCCUAAUCCAAAUGCUCAUCAGUCUCAAACUCCCCCCAACGGCCAAUCUUUCAGCAAUCUUUCCUUAAACGAUUCUAUGGACUACAUGUGAUGGCUUGAUCUUUGAUCAUCUUUAUAGAUAAUAUUAUCUUCAUUUUGAGAGAAUAUUUCCAAAUUGAAUACUGCAAAAUAGUUGGUUCAGGCAUAGCUCAAUGUAUCUUAGAAAAGGAAGUUAUUUGUAUACUUACUAUUUGAUUAAUAUUUUGUGUUGUAUCAUCCCAGAAUCAAAGUAUGACUAAAGGAAUAGCAAUUAAUGUGGCAUGUUGGUUAGAAGUUAUAGUUUGUACCCUUUGUGACGGUAAUUUUCUGUAUUAAGGGCUUGGUUGUAACUUUGUAACCUUAAAUCACUAAUGGCUUUAUAUAUGAUCAUAUCUGUAUUAAGUUCAUUUUGCAA